AGAAACCCCAGAAGACAACAUUCUGACGUCACUGAGAAGCAUUCGUCAAUUCCGAACACAGACAAGGACAAGGAGGUCAGAGGCCACCCAAACGAGAGCAGCAAGUUGAACGUGCUGACGCUCCGCCUACGAGCCGCCAAAAUGUCAGGACAGCCAAUCCCACGCUCCGUGGCGUACCAGCGACGCAACCAGACCACCCACUCGUGGUACGACACAGGUCACAUGAUGAGCCAGAGCCUACCGUCCGGCGGCUUUCUCCACAGACAGUACACAAGCUCCGCCUCUUCCACACCACGCUCGUCACGUGAUGCGACAUCAGAGAAGGGCUCUCCAGUUGUGAAAUCAGCAAGCGCUCGACCCAGCUCCUCCUACUCUUACGAUGGUGGGUUUUUUGUCGGAGCCCAUGCGGGGCAGGCGGAGUACUUCGUGAUACACCCAGAUUGGGUGUCGGAGGCUAUGACAAUAAAGAAAUUGUCUAUUGGAAGCAAAAAGGGCCCCUCUGGUGCUGGAGCUCACAUGCCCAAAGCACGUGCGAGGAGUUGGCAAGGCCGGCGCUGUAUGAGUGCACCGCCCUCCAAGCUUAGGAAUCCAAUCACGUGGGAUCACAGUGACCCGGUGGACAUACCUCGACCCAAGAAGAAAUAGCACAAGUAGCCAUCUAGUAUCUAGGUUUUCAACUUUGUGCAAAAUUUAUUGUUCCUUUUUCCACUGGUUCAAAUUAUAUGUAUGAAGAACACAAAGUCACCGUCACGUUUCGUUUGGAAUCCCCGACCCUGUCCCAUUUCUUCUGAUUGUUUGAUAAAGUAAUGAAGCUGUCUUCUUGGUACAUGCAGACAUGUACUGCUUUUGGCUAACUCGUGCAGCUCUGAUAGCGCUUUGCCUGUCUGUGAUAUCAUGUCGAGUCGGUUUAUUGCGUCUAUUGUUUUCGGGAAGCGCGGGGGGGGGGGGCUUUCCUUUAUAUUUAUUGUUGUUGUUGUUGGGGGGGUUUGGGUUUUUUUUUAAGGUUUUUUAUUUUGUUUCUUGGGUUGCUGUUUCUUGUGCGAGCCCUUGCCACAUAAUUUGCAAAAAGGCAUUUCAACACAUGUGCUUUUUCUUUACAAGGCAGUUGUGUUAGAUUCAAAAUACUGUGAGUACUUAGCAUAGAGUAAAGUUGACCUACUACUUGUUCCUUAAUUUUUGCAAUGGUCUGCUGGUUCGAAUCUGUAUUUCCUUUAGCUCGAAGCCAAGCGAUCGUGUACACCACGGUGAUGUAUACUGUUGUUGCUGUUGAUGUAGUCUCGUCGUUUCUGUAGUCCUCGCUUACGACGGGUGCGCGAUAUUACGACCUCAUUUCGCUCGCAAACCAUGGAUUAGGGCCAAAACAAAACUGGAAAGUAGUAAAAGGAGCAGAACCCGUUCACCGGCGUCUAUGGUGUAGCUUUUAAUCACUUUGCUGUCACAUACAUUAGAUCCAAGUUUGAUUCCCGUGUGGGCAGAAUUUAUUGAGUAUCUCGGUUUUUUCUGCGGGGACGUUGUGUUCCUCUCAGUCCGGGUUGGCCUUGACAGGCAGGAUAGAAGCUUGCCUCCUAAAUUAACAAAAUUGUACGGCUGGGAGCUUAAAACACCCUACUGACAAAAUGUCGCACGUAGGCUACAAGUUACCCCUUUUCACCCUUUCCCAAAUAAACGUAUUGCAAUAUGGACCUCUCUGCUAACUUGUUUUCUUUGUUUUGAAGAAAUCCUGUGCGAUAAAUCAAAUACAGCUAGCCAACGUUACGCAAACUUCUGGAAAGUAGUUGAGUAUGAAAAUGCAUAGCUGGUGAGGCAUGAUUGUGUGCACAGGAUAAUCGUUGUUAUCUAUGCCAAACUUCGCCCUACUGUACUGCUGUACCAAUUACUCUUUUCCUCAAACCACAAAACAUUUUGUUUUAAAAGCAUUAUUAUAUGGUCCAUCAUCCAAGUCCGUAGGUUUAUAGGGGAAUGUUUCGUUGUAAUACAUGUACUUAAUUAAACAGCUCAUGCUUCUAUGCCUAAAAGAAAAACAGCGAUUAGAGAAAGUGUAAUCAAUAAGCGUAUUAUGUGAUUGAUUAUGUGUGUGUACUCUCCAAAUUGAUGCACUCAGUACCCA